GCCGGAAGGAAAUGAGCGACGCGCACUGGACUUGGGUUGCUGUGCUGAUGCAACUGAAUUGAUGCCUGCAUGAGCGGCAUUGAGGGCAGCGGUGGGUUCCGCAGACAAGGAAAGAGUUGCGGCGAGAAUAGAGGUCUUUCUUCAAGAGCAGGCAAAUGAUAAACAAGCCAUUUACCUUUGGGAUAUAACUAAAGUUCUCAGGCUAUCUUGAAGUUUCUUGAUAAAAAGACAUCGCAAGACACACUUAAAAUUGUACAUACAAACAACCCUCCACAUUCCUGAAAAUGGCAAGUGUUCAGAACCAUGGCUUUUGCUCUCCUAAUCCUCUUGAACUGUUUGAGAAAGUAACUGUACAAGGAGAACAAGUCAGAACACUGAAAGCAGCGAAAGCACCAAAGGAUGAAAUUGAUGCAGCAGUUAAGUUAUUACUGUCAUUAAAAUUGAGCUAUAAAACAGCAACAGGCCAAGAAUAUCAAGCAGGUUCCCCUCCAACCGAUUUCACUCCAGUCAACAAUGAUUCUGGUGAUGCUGAAGGCGAAGACCUUGUAGACCCUUGGACAGUACAAACCUCCAAUGCAAAAGGGUUGGAUUAUGAAAAACUUAUAGUUCGAUUUGGCAGCAGCAAAAUUGAUAAAGACCUCAUCAAUCGAAUAGAGAGAGUUACUGGGCAUAAGCCACAUCACUUCCUACGCAGAGGCAUUUUCUUUUCCCAUAGAGAUAUGAACCAAGUCCUUGAUGCAUAUGAAAAUAAGAAGCCAUUUUACCUUUACACUGGCAGAGGCCCAUCAUCUGAGGCAUUGCAUGUUGGCCACCUUACUCCAUUCAUUUUCACAAAGUGGCUACAAGAAGCAUUUAAUGUUCCCUUAGUCAUUCAGUUGACUGAUGAUGAGAAAUACCUCUGGAAAGAUCUGACAAUUGAGAAAGCUCACCAGUAUGCUAUAGAAAACAUCAAGGACAUUAUAGCCUGUGGAUUUGACAUCAAUAAAACCUUCAUCUUUUCUGAUCUCCAGUAUAUUGGGUUGAGCCCAGGAUUCUACAAGAAUAUUGUUAAAAUUCAAAAGCACGUGACAUUCAACCAAGUGAAAGGAAUCUUUGGCUUUACAGACAGUGACUGCAUUGGAAAAAUAAGUUUCCCUGCCAUUCAAGCUGCUCCAUCCUUUAGCUCAUCAUUUCCACACAUCUUCAACAAUAAGGAGGACAUUCAGUGUUUGAUCCCAUGUGCCAUUGAUCAGGAUCCCUAUUUCAGAAUGACGAGAGAUGUGGCCCCUCGGAUUGGCUGUCCCAAGCCAGCGUUGCUACAUUCCACCUUCUUCCCAGCCUUGCAAGGAGCACAGACAAAAAUGAGUGCUAGUGACCCCACUUCUUCCAUCUUUCUCACGGAUACACCCAAGCAAAUAAAAACAAAGAUCAACAAGCAUGCCUUUUCUGGUGGCAAAGACACAAUUGAAGAGCACAGGAAAUAUGGGGGCAACUGUGAUGUGGAUGUGUCCUACAUGUACCUCACCUUCUUCCUUGAAGAUGAUGACAAACUUGAACAAAUCAAGGAGGCCUAUACAAGUGGAGCAAUGCUGACAGGAGAACUCAAGAAGGUGCUGAUUGAUACACUUCAGCCUCUGAUUGCAGCUCACCAGCAAAGGAGAAAGCAGAUCACAGACGAAAUGGUGAAAGAAUUCAUGACUCCACGGAAGCUGGUGUUUGAUUAUUAAUUCCAAUCUGCAUGUCAACGUCAUCAGUAAACCCAGAACACAGUGGAUUGAUAUCAUCUCAUAUGUUGUCUCCCUUUAAUUAUGUACAGGCUGCUGUCAGUGUUGUUUCUAACAAAUUACUUGCAAAGUUACCUUUGGUCAACAUCAGCAACCAUUUGGGAAAACUUUAACUUGCUGCCUAUGUCUGUAUUCAGAACAUGUUAGUUAAGGACUUGAUUGGACCAUAUUGCAAGUGAGCAGAACAACCUGAUUACCUGGAAACGAUUGCUUUUUAACAGAGGACCCUGUUUCAUGGAACAUAAUGUUUUAAAAACAUGCUAAGAUCACAUUAAUAAAUAUAUAUAUAUAUUUAAA